GCCCCGCAACUGCUCAUGAAAUAAAAAGGAAAAAAAAAAAAAAGAAAAAAAGAGAGAAAAACAGCGAAGCCAUGGCGUCUCUUCUCAGUCCCUCCGCCGCCAUUCCCCUGCAACUCAAGUUGAAUCGUACAAGUUUCAGUGCUGUAUCAACAAAUGCACCUUCAAAAUCUUACAAUCCUAUUAUCCAAGAUCAAAAGUGUCGCGGUCUUUGUUUUGUGACUAGAGCUCAGAGUUCUAUCGAAGGAAGUGUUCUUGAGAAAGAACGAGCUUCUGAAGCUGGUGAGAAGAUUGAUUAUGGAGUUGUUAGUGUUCACCAUGUUGGAAUUCUCUGCGAAAAUCUUGAAAGGUCACUGGAUUUUUAUCAGAACAUUUUAGGGCUUGAAAUAAAUGAGGCAAGGCCGCAUGAUAAGCUGCCUUAUAGAGGGGCUUGGCUGUGGGUUGGCUCUGAGAUGAUUCAUUUGAUGGAACUUCCAAAUCCAGACCCCUUAACUGGACGACCAGCACAUGGUGGUCGAGAUCGUCAUACUUGUAUAGCAAUUAGAGAUGUUUCCAAGCUGAAAACUAUCCUUGAUAAAGCUGGUAAAUUCUUUUUCUCCUUAUUCAGCAGGUUGUGUUUACCGAGUAGUGACACAGAUAUAUUUCUGUCCAUAUGCAACAUUAUAUUGUUUACUAGGUUUUGAAGCAGU